AUGUCCUGGCUCCUCAACAUCAGCGUUUACGUCUCCACGAUCGAUUGGGAGUGGUUUGGGGUGCAAACCGCACUAUUUAAGGACCCGAACUACUGGGCGGUGACGAUGUUCGGUGUUAUCGGCGUGCUGAUGCGGGACGUGGCGUGGAAGGGGUACCACAGAUGGUGGAACCCCAAGCUUCAUCACGUUCUGGUGGAGAUGGAGAAGGGUCAUUUGGAGGACAUCGACCUGCCGCGUUCGCUGAGACGCUCCUACUCUUUGCAUCAAGUCGUACAGGAGGACACAAGCACGCGGGUGUCCAAGAUGCGGACUCAGUCCAUCCAGCGCAUGGAGGAUCAUCGGGACGCCGUGAUUCAGGCGCUCGGGGCUUCUGGAUCGGGGGCCGGCAGGAACUACCAGGCCGCCUCGCCAGAUAUGGCCCCCGAUGCUUCUGCCCGGGCGAGGGGGUCUCUGGACGCCGUGGUUAACGAGGGGGGUAGGCCAAGGAGCGCGGGUGGGAGGCUGACGUCCAUCUCGUCCAUGCUCGAAGGCCUGAGCAGGUCUCCGAUGUCGACGCAGCUGUCCACCACCGGGUCCAACCGACGAGGCCGUAGCGCCGGAUCAUCCCCCAUUCUCCCCGGCAUGAUGAAUGCGUUUUCGGAGAGCAGCGCCCUGCCCGGCGGAGGCGGUCGUGGCGAGGGCGUUGUCGUUAGGUACCGCUCCUCCGGCGACCUGAGUCUCAUGGGGCGGGAGGGCGGCGGCGGCGGGGGCGGCGGCAGCGGCCGCGGCGGCACCGCGGGGGCGAAGGCCGGGUUCGCGUUCAGCCACGACGAGGCGGCCUCACACAGGCAGAUCGAGAUGAUCAUGCGGAAUCGGCCGUCGCACACGCGGCGCAGAAGCAUGCAGCCGGCGUCGAAGCUUCCCCCCAUCGACGACAGCUUCCAGGCACACCUCAGGGCGCUGAAGGCCCACAAGGCCGCAAUUGUUGCGGACACCAACGCCGGCGCGCGGGGAGAGCAUGUCGCCGCCUCCGGUAGAGUCUCCGGACACGACAACAGCGCCGGCAGCAGCCGUAGCUUCAGCAUGGCCGACAGCAGCUUCGACGAGGAGGACGGGGAAGUUGGAGGGCUUGCCGUAGUACAGGAGGACGGCGGAGAUGAUGCAACCGCAAUAGCUCCGGCGGCCGCGGCGGCCGCGGCAAGCGCCGAGGACGGCGGGGAUGAUGCCAACGCAAUAGCUCCUGCGGCGGCAGUGGCGGCGGCGACGGCGGCGGCAAGCGUGGGCGACGUUGAUGGUGCUACUGGUGACACCGCAAGGGAAAGCGGCGACGGCGAGGAGCAGCCGGCGGCAGCAAGCGUGGGCGACGUGGAUGGUGCUACUGGAGAUGAUGCGACCGCAGUAGCUCGGGCGGCAGCAGCGGCGGCGGGCGCAAGCGUGGGCGACAUGGACGCUGGAAGUGGUGACACCGCAGGGGCUAGCGGCAAGGAGCAGCAGAGCAAGAGGAUAUCACUUAGAGAUGUCCUGAGCAGCUUGCUAAGCGGCAAUGGCACGGCUGGGGCCGGAGGCCACAUCAGCGGCAGCGACGGCGACGGUGGCAAUCGGAGGGAGUCCACCUCUAGCCCUGCGGCGGUCCUAGAACCACCGGACGAAUCGGAGUAAUUGGUUACGCUUGGAGCAGCUUCUCUCUCUGGAGAAUGACAU